GCUGUAAACGUGCGGGGAGAAUAAUUAGAUAAAACGUUACUUUUAUAUAAAAACCUGUAUAAUACAUUUUUGGUAUUUAUAUGUAGUGUGCUUGCCGUCAAACUUGUAUUAAGGUUAUAAACCAAAAUGUUUUUGUCAAUUGCACCGCCUUUAAUGAAUUUUGAGGAUGAGCUUUUGUGGUUUGAUGUAUCUUUAUCGAACAGUGCAAAGAUCCUUUUUGACGACAAGUCAAAUUAUGUUACUCCUAAUACAAAACACUUAAUUGAACAAGCCUUUAUUCAGCCACUUAGCCCUCAAGAUCAACAGAUUCUACGUGAGUAUUUGCCUAGGGAGAAUCAAAAUAUUGCACAUCAAUACGGAUUGACACCAACAAAAUUGCCUCAAUUAGUGGAGAACAAUCCUCUUAUUUCGAUUGAAAUUCUACUCAAGCUGAUGCAAACUACAGACAUAACGGAGUAUUUUCACAUAUUGGUAAACAUGGACAUAACAUUACAUUCGAUGGAAGUAGUAAACCGAUUAACGACAUCAGGUCCACUACCGACUGAAUUUCUACAUUUAUAUAUUAGUAAAUGUAUUACUACCUGCGAAACUGUUAAAGAUAAAUAUAUGCAAUCGCGAUUAGUGCGCUUAGUAUGUGUGUUUCUACAGUCCCUAAUAAGAAACAAAAUCGUUAAUGUUAAGGAUUUGUUUAUCGAAAUCGAGGCAUUUUGUGUGGGAUUUAGUAAAAUUAAGGAGGCCGCUGCUUUGUACCGGCUUAUAAAACAUUUGGAGACAGGCGAGACCGCACAGAACCCAAAUCAUUUAAUAAAUAAGUUCGACAAAAACUAGAGUAAUUUCUUAUUUAUAAGAAAUAAACGUAGCUUUGUGGCAAUUAUUUUUAAUA